UUCACUUCCUGUCCAAUUACCCGAGCGAAGGCUGUGCAGCCUGAUAGCCUCCUCCCCUGUGAGCCGCUACACCACACACUAACACCGCUUCUCACCCUCACGGCUCAGUGUAGCUCUCAGCCAUGUGGACCGUACGAUGUUCUCGUCUCAACCGGCUCCUGCUCUUCCUCCUCGCCAUCAUCACGACCACCUGUACAGGAGCAGAAUCAGGGUUCGUUCUCAAAAGCGUCGAGCUUCACGUGACACCUGCGGACCCGGUGGAGCGAGGAACCGAGCUGAUGCUGACCUGCAUCGCUAAUGUUGGCCACUCCGGCACUUCACCCAUCCUCCGUUUCAGCUUCUUUAAAGACUACAACAAGCACAACAGCGUUCACAUCUCACAAACCAACACCAGUAACAAAGUGACGUACUCCAUCUCCAAAGCCCGGGCCUCGCAUUCGGGAAACUACCAGUGUGAUGUGACGGUCAACGGUCAAAACAUGGAGAGUUCCAAUAAGAUGAUUAGCGUUAAAGGGCUGCAAACUCCGGUGCUGAGUGUGGAUAAGCAGGACGUGACUGAAGGUGGCAUUGUGAAGGUCCACUGCAGGGCAGAAGAAGAAUCUGGUGACCUGAUUUUCUUUAUUAAAAACGGCUCGAGCGAACUCUACCAUGGAACAAGCAGCAGUGGUGACUUGCAGUGGAACCUCGAACUCAAGCACGUGGGCACAUCCGAGCUGUCCUGCUCCUACGCCAUUCGACUGCCACUCAAUAUGCUUCGGUCAAACAGCAGUAACGUGGUCAGUGUAGUGGUGAGAGAGCUGGACUUCAAGCCGACUAUCAGAGUCUUCCCGUCAGAGCACGUCAUCGAGGGAGACUCCGUGCACAUCUCAUGUGGUCUUGCAGGAGAUUACAAUGGCUCACUGACACUCUCACUAUUCAAAGGAUCGCAUUUGUUCCAGACGGGAAACGUCUCUGAAUACAAAACCGUCGUCAAGGCGAACGAUUCCGGGAGUUACGAGUGCAGCGCCAUCAAGAACAACGUGAUAAAAAGCGUUCACGCAAAUCUUACUGUGAAAGAGUUGUUUUCCACACCGGUGCUGACCAUCACCCCAGCAGAGGUUUUCGAGGGGCAGCAGUUCACCGUCACCUGCAGCAGCUCGGAAUUUGCAUCGGAGAGAAUCGGACUUCGUGAUGUGAGGUACUCUAUCUACAGGAACGACCAGGAGCUCGGCUCAAGCGACAGCUCCUACACAGGCAGAGCGAGCUCCGGGACCGACGGGAAUUACACGUGUACCGCUCGAGUGAACGACACCGUCAAGACGAGCGACAGAAUCGAUUUCAUCGCCAAAGUUCUCAUCUCCAAACCCAACAUCACUGCGCUCGGCGAGGUGAUCCUGGGCAGAUCGUUUCAGAUGGAGUGCCGCUCGGACCGCGGAAGUUUCCCCAUCACUUACACCCUGAAACGGAACGACAUAGUGCUGGCGCACACCAGUGUCUCCAAAGCAUACCAGAAAGCCAUCUUCCACUCCAGCAUACAGCAUGAAAACCAAAUCCAGGAGUUCAGAUGUGAAGCGCAGAACAACGGCAACGAUUCUGCUCAAAUGAGCGACGCUCUUCUCACACAGGUUACAGUUCCUGUUCAGAAGCCGACCUUGAUGACCCUCCCUGAGGACAUCAACGAAAACGACGAGGUGAACCUCUUGUGCUUUGUAAUGAAAGGAUCUCCGCCCAUCAGCUUUAAAUGGUACAAGGACGAUAACCGGAGCCCCUUCUACACCGUGACGGCGAAGGCGAACUUCUCCACGUACAAUGUUCCCCUGGUGAAGAGCAUCCACAGCGGCUCAUAUCACUGUGAAGCCUUGAACGGAGCCGGAAAUGUGGAAGUGAGCAACAUGAUUCCAAUCACAGUAAAGAUGGCCAGGUGGAAAAAAGGUCUGAUCGUCGGCGUGUGUGUGCUGUGUGCGAUCGCAAUCAUUCUCCCCCUCUUGAGGCUCUACUGGGCUAAACGAGGUAAACGAGAGGCCACAUCCGAGCUCUCAGUAAAGCCUGCGAUCUCUAGAUACGAUGGUGGCUCAGUAAUCUUGUACCCGUGACACCCAGGUUUAUAAAGGCUCUAAAAAGUCCUAAAGGACGAUUCAACUCCCAAAAUCUUGUUCCAGACGAAACGCCGCACUUUCACACCAAACGGACGAGUAAGACAGACGGAACGUGAGUCGACCUGACAUCACUUCCUGUUGACACAACUAUAACGGUAUCACCUGCAGGAUCCUGGAAAUCAUGUAAACACGGACCACAACCGGGCGGAAAACUGGGAAAGUCGUCUGAAUAUUUUCAGAAGCUUUGAACAGGAAGUAAAGACGGAUAAUAAAGGAAGAGGAAUCGGAGCUACACGGCAUUCCUAAAGCAACUUUACUGCGAUUCUGGAUUUCUCUCAUCUACCUGUUUUACCCCCACGUCAUUUUAUCUCUUCUGAUGUUUUUCUUUCUUUCCGCCACCUUUUAUUUUCCAAAAAUCCGAACAGAAUCCAUUAUGACGCAUUCAGAUAGACAUUUAUAGCUUAAAUUCUGCUUUAAUUCACAGACACGUCUCUCUUGAUUAGUGUACUUGUUUUUUCUUUGUCUGUCCAUCUUCCGUUUGAGUUUUUUGUUGUCCUCGGUUUGUAGUUUAUAAUCAUCGACACGCUCCUGUAUGAAAUAUCAUAAAUAUAUAAAAAAUAUGACACUAAUAUAAAUAAAUAAUGCCUUAUUUUGGAAAGUUUGGUCAUAUCUGC